AUGGGCGGGUAUUUCUCGAAGGACCUGGAGGAGUGCCUGCGCAAAGAGAAGAGGAAUAUAAACAGGUCGAUCAGGGAAUUGGAGAGAGAAAUAUUUAAGCUAACAAAAGAGCAAAGCAGGAUCGAAAAAGACAUUAAAAUAAAAGCAAAACAAAAUGACAUCACCACAGUGAGCACCCUGGCUAAGGAUUACAUUCAAAUUAAAAAAAGCAUCACCAAGUAUAAUAAAAUAAAGUCGCAUUUGUGUUCAAUGCGAAUAAAAGUACAAAGUGUAAAAUCGUCUGAACAACUUGGCAGGAGUCUCAGUGAAAUAAAUAAUAUCAUUAAAAGAGUGAAUGGGUAUAUAAAACUGACCUCGUUGAAUAACACAAUUCAUGAAUACCAGAAGGAGAACAACGAAGUGUCUUUGAAGGAAGACAUGCUAGAUGACUUGUUUGAAGCUUUUAAUUAUGACUCUGAGAUGGCUGUAGAAGAACAUGAACUCGUUACUAAAGUGCUCGAGGGGAUGGGGGUUCAGAUGAACGCCAAGCUAGAUGACAUCCCCGCCCCGGGGGAACUUGAAAAUGUACAAGUGGACCCCAUGGGGGUCGCCGACCUGGAGGCGCGACUCAAUAACCUGCGCCUGGGCAAGCCAUGA